GCGCCUGCGCAGAAGGCUCCAGACGCUGAGAGGCAGGAGGCACUUGGGAUCGUCCGCAGGGUUUGGGACUGCUACAGAGGCCGCCACGGAGCCCGCCGGAGCCACCGUUCCUGCUGCUGCUGCUGCCGCCGCCCGAAUCGGAACCGUCGGGCUGCAGCCGCCGGCAAUGCCGCGAAGGAAGAGAAAUGCAGGCAGUAGUUCAGAUGGAACCGAAGAUUCCGAUUUUUCUACAGAUCUCGAGCACACAGACAGUUCAGAGAGUGAUGGUACAUCGCGACGUUCUGCCAGAGUCACUCGCUCUUCAGCCAGGCUAAGCCAGAGUUCUCAAGAUUCUAGCCCUGUUCGAAAUUUGCCAUCUUUUGGUGCUGAGGAGCCCGCAUAUUCUACCAGAAGAGUGACCCGUAGUCAGCAGCAGCCCACCCCAGUGACUCCAAAAAAGUACCCUCUUCGGCAGACUCGCUCAUCUGGCUCUGAAACGGAACAGGUGGUUGAUUUUUCAGAUAGAGAAACUAAAAACACAGCUGAUCAUGAUGAGUCACCUCCUAGAACUCCAACUGGAAAUGCACCUUCUUCUGAGUCUGACAUCGACAUCUCUAGCCCCAAUGUGUCUCAUGAUGAGAGCAUUGCCAAGGACAUGUCCCUGAAGGACUCCGGCAGUGAUCUCUCUCACCGUCCCAAGCGCCGUCGAUUUCACGAAAGCUACAAUUUCAAUAUGAAAUGUCCUACACCAGGCUGCAACUCUCUAGGACAUCUUACAGGAAAACACGAGAGACAUUUCUCCAUCUCAGGAUGCCCGCUCUAUCAUAACCUCUCAGCUGACGAAUGCAAGGUGAGAGCACAGAGCCGGGAUAAGCAGAUAGAAGAAAGGAUGCUGUCCCACAGGCAAGAUGACAACAACAGGCAUGCAACCAGGCACCAGGCACCAACAGAAAGACAGCUGCGAUAUAAGGAAAAGGUGGCUGAACUCAGGAAGAAAAGGAAUUCUGGACUGAGCAAAGAGCAGAAGGAGAAAUAUAUGGAACACAGACAGACAUAUGGGAACACUCGGGAGCCUCUCUUGGAAAAUCUGACAAGUGAAUAUGACUUAGAUCUUUUCCGAAGAGCACAAGCCCGGGCUUCUGAGGAUUUGGAGAAGUUACGGCUUCAAGGCCAAAUAACAGAGGGGAGCAACAUGAUUAAAACAAUUGCUUUUGGGCGCUAUGAGCUGGAUACUUGGUACCAUUCUCCCUAUCCUGAAGAAUAUGCACGGCUGGGACGUCUCUACAUGUGUGAAUUCUGUUUAAAAUACAUGAAGAGCCAAACAAUACUCCGCCGACACAUGGCCAAAUGUGUGUGGAAACACCCCCCUGGUGAUGAGAUAUACCGCAAAGGCUCCAUCUCUGUGUUUGAAGUAGAUGGCAAGAAAAACAAGAUCUACUGCCAAAACUUGUGCCUUUUGGCGAAGCUUUUUCUGGACCAUAAGACGUUAUACUAUGAUGUAGAACCUUUCCUGUUCUACGUUAUGACAGAAGCAGACAAUACUGGCUGUCACCUGAUUGGAUAUUUUUCUAAGGAGAAGAAUUCAUUUCUCAACUACAAUGUGUCCUGUAUCCUCACCAUGCCUCAGUAUAUGAGACAGGGCUAUGGCAAAAUGCUCAUUGAUUUCAGUUACUUACUUUCCAAAGUGGAAGAGAAAGUCGGCUCUCCAGAGCGCCCCCUGUCGGACCUGGGGCUCAUAAGCUACCGAAGCUACUGGAAGGAAGUACUGCUCCGGUACCUGCACAACUUUCAGGGCAAGGAGAUUUCCAUCAAAGAAAUCAGCCAGGAAACAGCUGUGAAUCCCGUGGACAUCGUCAGCACUCUUCAAGCCCUUCAGAUGCUCAAGUACUGGAAAGGCAAGCACCUAGUUUUGAAGAGACAGGACCUGAUAGAUGAAUGGAUAGCCAAAGAGGCCAAAAGGUCCAACUCCAAUAAAACCAUGGAUCCAAGCUGCUUAAAAUGGACCCCUCCCAAGGGCACUUAAAGUGACCUGUCAUUCUGAGCCAGCGAGCCCCAGCAGUAGGAAUCCGUACCCUAGGGAUCUGUCUGUCAUUUCUGUUGCUCUUGUGAUUGGCAAGUACAGUAUCCUUUGGGAAGGCCACCCCCUCAGGACUGUCCUGGCUCCGACCUUCGUGUACACUGCAGACACUGGUUCUGAGGAACUGUUGUUUCGGCCUCAGUGAGGUUGCCUGGACGGAUCUGUAUUAGGCUCAAGUACAGAUCCUCAUAGCACUGACCCAGGAGUUGUGUUAUGGUACUGUACCUGUCCAGUCACUGGUUCCCUCAUAUUCGUUAGCCCCGUGAGGUUUGUUGUGUCCUAAACUUUGUGCUAGUGCUUUUUCCUGCCUGGUUACCAGACCUCCAAACAUGGUUGCAACCGAAGGGCCCUUUCCAGUUAUUCCUUACACAUUCUUUGUGAAGGGGCGGGGAAGAGGCAGCACUUAUGAGUAUAUGUCUAUCUCCUGGGAGGGGUCCAUUCAUCCUGGAUUUCAUCUCACUGUUACUUAUUUUUCCAUUUUUGUCAAAUGACUUGCCUUUGGUCAGGAUCAGACUGGCCUGAGCUAGGUAUUCCUAAAACGUUUCCCAGGGGAUCACAGCAGCUGGUCCAUCUGAAUGAGACAGGUGAAGAGGAAGAGGCGGUGAUUCCAUAUUUUUCUUUGUGUUCACUCACGGGCACUGGGGCAGUAUCUUACUGGAAGGAAAUGGGUAAUUCUUUUUUCACAGCAGAAAGUACCCCCUCUUUAUUUUCUGCCCUCUUUUAUGUUGGCAGUUGCCUAGUAUUUUAACAGUUUUCUUUCAUGCCACAUGGUAGUUGAUUAAUCACACUGCAGAUAUUUCCACCUGCCUUUGCCAGUCUGGUGUAGGGCAGAUAUACUUCCACGUAAGUUGCACUGAUUUUGUCCAGAGCUUCCUGGGAGAAGUGGAAAGUGGUUGAAAAUGAGUUCUGUUUCUCAGCCCAUGACUCAGCAAGACAGAGUGGCCACACUGCUACGGUUUGCUUCCCUUCAACAGUGCCUCCCCCUGCAACAGGCUGAAGUGCUUCUGUCCCUCCAAGAACUUCGUUGCCCUUUUAGAACUUGCCACCAUCAUCCUGUUCUCUGGUUUCCUAUUUUUGGUGGUGUUAAGUGAAGGAAGAAAUGUUCCCUCUAAUUUCUCCCUGUCCCAUUAUAUAACCUGCUAUCUUGGGGGCAGCUUUUGAUGUCUGACAUGCCACCCUUCCCAACUUGGUCUCCUGCAGCACUGCUGUCUUCACGUGGCACCCUCACCACAAUCCUAACUCUGGUCAUUUGUGCCUUUCUCUUGUCAUCUCUGUACACUACUAAUAUCCACUGUGGGUUGGAGGGAGCUGAUCUUAAGCAUGUUCAGUGGCGGCUCCCCUCCAGUUUCAGUGUCACUGUUAACAUUUAUCCAAAUGCUGUUCACUGGGGAUUUUUCUUAAGGGAUAAAGGCCUUUUACAGAUGCUGACCCUUCCCCACAUGUGGUAGAAUGUGCUCUUCUUUAUCUACUCAAUAAAGCAUGUUCUCUGCUCAUGUCUGAGUAAUCUGAGGCUUGUUUAUGUGUGGAAAUGGUAUGAUUGAUCCGUGGUUAAUGGCUCCGUGAAGGGUUAGGAGUGGGGUUUGUAACUGGAUUGAUUUCCCCAUGUGAAACAGAUUGUUGACAGAGUGUUGACUCUGAACUCAUUAAUUGGUAGGACAAAUUGAAUCUGCCUCCCUUUGGCUCCAGGAACUAGUUAUGCACAACAGUGACUAGCUAGUAUAACAUUCUUUGAUUCUUCUGCCUCUGGUUUGGGGGGUGGAACAAGUGGGGAGUUAAGGUAGGUGGAGGUACCAUACAUGCUUAUAGGAGGCAGAAACAAGUGUGUUCCUUUCUCUCCAAGUGAGCAGUGAGCCACGUAAACCAUGUCUCUCUAAUCAUUGCCCAACUCAGACUGUGCUUCUGGGAAUAGUUGCAUUUUGCUUGUGUUUGCUUGGUCAGGAAUAGGGAGGUUGGGCACUGCCAUCUAUCUGUAUGGUAGAAGAGGAGCUAUGUUUGCUGGGGUGGUUUUGCUCACUGGCAGGCCCUCCUACUGCAGUUGGGAAAUGCAAUGGAGAAAAAUAGCUUCCCCUUCUAUUCAUCUUAGAAAAGGUUUGUUCAAGUCUUUGAGUUAUAAACAUUCACAGCAGAGGGAAAUUUUGUUCUUUCACACUUUGAAGAUUGUUAAUGUGGACCAUGAGAAAUGAGUACUAAGAGAGAAAGGUUGUGUGGUCCUGAUCCUGUUUCUAGACUAGUCAUCACCACUAAAGUUUGACACUACCCAUUUACAACCCACUUGGCUUUCCAACCUGUAGAAGAAAUCUGGAGAAUUGUCUACAGUUAGUUGUUUCUGGGUCUGACACAGCGGAUGACUAUUU